AUGUCUGCUGCUAAAUGUCUGGUGUCUCUGAUGGUGGUGCUCGUGGUUGGAGAGUGUGGGGCCCAUGCGCAGGACCGGAUUAAGAUUUGUGGGAGAGAGCUGAUACGUCUGGCUGUCUCAUCCUGUGGCAACUCCCGACUACGGAGAAGCCUCCCAGACUUUGAGUUUGGGCAUCACCAUGGCAAUCCUCACAAUGACAGCUUCAAGCUUCCUGUCUCUCUCUCUGUCUGCACAGAGGACGAGGGCAUCUCCACGGAGGAGAACCAGGCAGCGUCAGAGGUGGCCGCCGCCUUCUCACAGCCUCACAGGGUGUGGGACGAUUUCCUCUCGGCUCCUCACUGGUACUCCCUGUCCCCUCGUGCGAGACGUGCUGCUGGAAAAAUAUCUGAUAUUUGCUGUGAGAGAGGAUGCAGCGUGAAAGAGCUGAUCCAGUUUUGCUAG